CCGCGUGAAAAAUAAUUAAAAAUGGCGGAUGACGAUGUGAACGGAGACUGCGAUGAUGUGCAGCAGGAGAAAUCGCAGAAGAAAGCGGCGAAAUAUGACAGCGGCGCGGCGGAUCUGGAGAAAGUGACGGAUUACGCCGAGGAGAAGGAGAUCUCCUCUUCCGAUGGAUUUUCAUGCGCACUGAGUAUAAUUGGUGACCGUCGAAAUAAGGAAGCCGCGGAAAAGAAGGCCAAGGAGAAGGAAUUGCUCAAAGUAUCCAUCAGAAAGGAGGAUGUUGACUUGAUUAUGAAAGAAAUGGAGAUCAAUCGGAACCUGGCGGAACAGACUCUCAGGGAACACAGAGGAAAUAUUGUAGAAGCAUUAAUUACGUUAACUAAUUAAUAUUGUACAGGACUGUGUGAGCGAUCUCUCUUGCAAACACAACUCCGCAAAUUCCACUGUAAAUUGCACAUUCAUCGGGAGUUGUUAAGACCUUGGGUUAUAAAUAUUUAUUAAUAAGUAUUAUGAUAUAUAUAUAUAUAUACAAGUGA